GAAGUGCUCUCGUGUGAUGUCAUCACGUUGCUGUGAAACAGCUGUCACGACGCUGCUGGUGUGUCUGCUCUCCACGGCCACACCCUUCCUCCGCCGUUCCUCCUCCUCCUCCUCCGCGUUCAGCAUCAGCAUCAUCAUCAUCAGCAGAUCCAUCGCGACCAUGAUGCGAUCCGCCCUGCUCGUUCUGGCUCUGACAGCUGUCUGCAGCGGGAUCCUGCCUGAGAUCGUGGACUCGGGGAUCAAUCACAUCCCGGAGGGACGAGCGUGGGAAGAGCGCAUGUUUGAGGGCGUGGAGCAGCCGCCCGAAGAUCCGCAGCUCAAACCUGAGGAUGCAGCUCCCCAAACAAACCAGAGUGUGAGAGAUCUUCAGGAUAACCUUCCUCUGAUCAAUCAGAAUGAUCUGCUGAUUGAUAAAGAUUCUAUGGACUCUUCAGCAGACCAGGAGACUCUUAAUAAUACUGAAGAAGUGCAAGCAGGUGAACUUGGGAACAAUAUUGAUGAUGGGUGCAUUUCUGAUGAUGACUGCGGCAAAGAGAGGUAUUGUUUCUAUGACACACACGAUUCCAAGUGUCGUCAAUGUAAAGACACUGAUGAGUCCUGCAGUAAAGAUGUGGAGUGCUGCGGGGAGCAGCUGUGCAUGUGGGGUCAGUGCAGCCAAAAUGCAACAAAAGGAAAAGCAGGCAGCACCUGUCAAUACCAGAGCGACUGCAGCCCAGAGCUCUGCUGUGCUUUCCACAAAGCCCUGCUCUUCCCUGUUUGUUUGGCCAAGCCUAUUGAGCGGGAGCGCUGUUUGGAUUCCUCCAACCACCUGAUGGAGCUGCUCUCCUGGGACGUGCAGGAUGAGGGGCCGAGGAGACACUGUCCCUGUGUAGGAGACCUUCACUGCCAGCAUCUGGGGCGAGGCUCCAUGUGCCUGAAAGGAGAAGACUCCAGUGAAGAGGACCUGACAGAUUCCUUGUACUCUGAAAUAGACUACAUUCUUUAAACUUCAUCUAGUUCAAAUGAACUGUUGAGCAUGUCAGGCAUUUUUAUCACCGUUCUUGCAUUGAGCUUUAUGUUAGUUAAAAACUGUAAUGCAGCGCACCAACUUCAUCACCUGUACAGGCGAGUCACUAGGAUUAGAGGAGCUUUAACGUAUUGUGUCUUUUAAACAUCAAUUAUUUUAUUAUUAAGUAUAAAUGCUCAUCUGAUUAUUUUGUGUAAAAACAUUGAAAAAGUUGAGAACCACAACUUGGAAGCAAAAUAAAUGAAAGAAAUUGUUGUGAAUUAUUGCAAAGAUUGAGAUGUCAAUAUUUUUCUGCUCAGAGCUUCAGUCUUAGAAAGUAUCCAGACCUCUCAAUACUGGUGAAACGUGAUAUAAUAGUUUUAAAAACUAUUUUAUUUAUUUAUUUAAAAACUGUUUUUCUUUUUUUUUUGUUGUUGCAAGAAACAGUUUUCUGAAUAAAUGAAGGCAUUUGAGGAUCUCGAUAUGUAAUUAAACUAAAAUGAGAUGGGAAACAUUCAUAAAGCCUUCAAUUGAAUUAAUAAAAGUAUUUUUUCUGUCUCAA